AUGGCGCCUGUGGGAGACGCCGACCACUGCAGAGACAAGGCCCGCAGGGACUUGCUGGCCCUGCUUGAAGGCACUCGGGGAAAGAAGAACCUCGUCAUCAGUCAGGAGCUGGCGGGUCCAGUCGGCUUGUUCGUCAAGUUCUCAGAGUUGCAGCAGUACGGCGUGGACCGAGUCUUCUUGCUGGAAAAUGCAAAUAUCGACUCGUCUCAGCGAAAUGUUGUGUUCCUCGUUCGCGGCGAGAAGGCGCCACAUGUGCGAACAGUAGCAGAGCAAAUCAAACGCCUUCAGAAUAAUGGGAAUGUGGAACAUGAGUUUUCCAUCUUCUUUGCCCCCCGACGGACAUUGGUAAGCAAUGCUGUCCUGGAAGAGAUGGGCAUCAUCGGCGAUGUGACUAUCGCCGAGUUUCCUCUUACCUUCUUGCCUCUAGAGCAAGAUAUAUUGUCCCUAGAGUUGGAUGAUUCAUUUGGUGAUCUGUACUUGCACAAGGAUCCUGGAUGCAUUUUCCAUGCUGCCAAGGCUCUCAUGGCCAUUCAGCAGCGACAUGGGUAUUUCCCCCGUAUCGUCGGCAAGGGUGACAAUGCCCGCCGCCUGGCAGACCUUUUGCUGCGGAUGCGAAAGGAGCUUGAUGCGGAAGAGAGCUCUGGAUUGGCUGAUCCCUCUACCCGGGGACUCCUCCCAAGUGCGAACGUUGAGAAUUUGAUCAUUAUUGACCGUGAUAUUGAUUUCGGGACCCCGCUUCUGACCCAACUUACUUAUGAAGGCCUCAUCGAUGAAUAUGUGGGUAUUAAGAAUAAUCAAGCCGACGUUGAUACUAGCAUUGUGGGACAGGCUUCUGCACCACAGUCCCAAGAGUCCUCCAAGAGUCCUCAGCAGGCCAAGCAAGGGUUAAAAAGAAAGAUCCAACUUGAUGCGUCAGAUCGUCUCUUUAGCCAACUACGAGAUGCCAAUUUUGCAAUUGUUGGCGACCUGUUGAACAAAGUUGCCCGCCGGCUGGAAAAUGAAUACGAGACUCGUCAUACAGCGAAGACUACGAAUGAGCUUCGGGAGUUCGUCAAUAAAUUACCCACUUAUCAAUUGGAGCACCAGAGCCUUCGGGUCCACACCAAUCUCGCAGAGGAGAUUAUGAGACUUACUCGGUCCGAGACCUUCCGGAAGAUCCUAGAUGUUCAGCAGAAUAAUGCCGCCGGUGCCGACCCCACAUCUCAACAUGAGACCAUUGAAGAACUUAUCGCCCGUGACAUUCCUUUGAAGAGUGUGUUGCGCUUAUUAUGCCUGGAGUCUUGCAUGUCCGGUGGCCUACGUCCUCGAGACCUGGAGAACUUCAAACGACAAGUCGUACAAGCGUAUGGCCAUCAACAUAUCUUGACGUUCUGGGCGCUCGAGAAGAUGGAGCUGCUGCAACCUCGAUCCUCUGCUGCAAAUAUGCUUCUCCCUGCCUCUGGUAUACAGGCCGGCACAAAGACGAACUACGGCUAUCUGCGGAAAAAUCUGCGGCUGGUGAUCGAGGAGGUCAGCGAGAAGGAACCGAACGACAUUUCGUAUGUUUACAGUGGAUUUGCUCCACUCAGCGUGCGGCUGGUCCAAUGCGUCCUGCAGAAGCCUUAUAUGCUUUCUCUGAUCAAAGGUGGAUCGCCUGCCGCGUCAAUUAACAAUGCCAGUACGGCAUCGCCCGGGUGGCUUGGUUUUGAGGAUGUUGUCAAAAGUGCUCGAGGUUCAACCUUCAGCAUUGUCCAGAAAGGCGAUGACAAGGCUGUUCGAGCCCGGCAAACCCUCAGUGGGAACACAGCCACGAAGACGGUUUAUGUAUUCUUCUUAGGCGGGAUCACUUUUACUGAGAUUGCCGCAUUGCGCUUCAUCGCUGCCCAGGAGGCCCCGCGCCGGAAAAUCGUCAUCUGCACGACGAGUGUGAUUAGUGGCGACAGAAUGAUGGAUGCGGCUAUUGAAAAGGGCAGCUUUACGAAGACAGAAUAG